AUGAGUGGAACUGAUAUCGAUACCGGUGCUCCCACCGAAUGGAAGAAGUACGACUCGUACGCCCUUAACGUCGACCCUGACCAAGAUGACAGAGCCACUGAAAUCAAGCUCUGCAGCUUCGCCCGCCCUCACAUGAGAGCCUUCCACUUCUCGUGGUUGGGUUUCUUCAUCGCCUUUUUCAUCUGGUUCGCCAUUGCCCCUCUUCUCUCUGAGAUCCGUACUUCUCUUGGACUUAGCAAGAAAGAGGUCUGGACCUCGAGCAUUGUCGGUGUUGGUGGAACCAUCUUCAUGCGUUUCCUCCUCGGUCCUCUAUGUGACAAGGUCGGACCACGCGUUCUUUUCACCUGUGUCCUUUGCUUCGCUUCCAUCCCUACCGCAUGUACUGGACUUGUCACCAACGCUACCAACCUCGCCGUCCUCCGUCUUUUCAUCGGAUCCGCCGGAGGUACAUUCGUGAUGUGCCAAUACUGGACUUCUAGAAUGUUCACCAAGUCCGUUGUCGGAACCGCCAACGCCCUUGUCGGUGGAUGGGGAAACCUUGGAGGAGGUGUCACCCAAUUGGUCAUGGGAUCUGCUCUGUUCCCUCUUUUCAAGGAACUCUUCAAAGACGAGCCCAACCCAGCCGACUUUGCCUGGAGAUGGGUCAGCAUUGUCCCAGCUGUUGUCGCUUUCGGAAUCGGUAUUUGCAUGUACUUCUUCUCUGAGGACUCCCCCAAGGGUAACUUCACUGACUUGAAGAAGAACGGAGCCAUGGCCGAUGUUUCUGCUGCCUCUUCUUUCCGCUCUGGAGCCUUGAACUUGAACACCUGGUUCCUUUUCAUCCAAUACGCUUGCUGCUUCGGUGUCGAGUUGACCAUGAACAACGCCGCCGCCCUUUACUUCAAGGACAAGUUUUCUCUGACUACCGAGGAAGCCGCCGCCAUCGCCUCUAUCUUCGGAUGGAUGAACCUGUUCGCCCGUGGUCUUGGUGGAUUCACCUCUGAUAAGGCCAACGCCAAGUUCGGAAUGCGUGGACGCUUGUGGGCCCAAACCAUCUUCCUUCUUGUCGAAGGAUGUCUUGUUCUGGUCUUUGCCAACACUGCCUCUCUUGAGGGAGCCAUUGUCGUCAUGGUGUUCUUUUCCUUGUUUGUCCAAGCCGCCGAGGGAUCCUCGUACGGAAUUGUCCCAUACGUUGACCCUCCAGCCACUGGAUCCAUCUCUGGAAUCAUCGGAGCCGGAGGAAACUCAGGAGCUGUCGCUUUCGGAAUGGGAUUCCGUGAAUUGAAAUACAAGGAUGCCUUUGUGAUCAUGGGAAGCACGAUUAUUGCUUCUUCUGUCCUUUCCUUUUUCGUUUGCAUCCCAGGAUGUUCUCGCAUGCUUGGAGGAGAAGACGAUGUUCCAGCCAAGGACACUCUUGCUGUCCCUACUCCAGAGACCGACAAGGUUGAGGAUGUCAACGCUUAA